AAAAAUUAAAGUAAAAAAAGAAAAAGUAUUUUCAAAAUUUUUAUUCUGCUCUGUUCGACGAUACAAAGCUCGCGAGUCGCCUCCUUUCUUUCCCCUGCACCACAGCUCGACACCAGCAAAGAACUCCAGCUAAGCUCAGGCGGCGAGGAGGAGGAGGAGAUGGCGGCGGGGAACGAGUGGAUCAACGGGUACCUGGAGGCGAUCCUGGACGCGGGCGUCAAGCUGCGCAGCCAGCAGGCCGGGACGCCGCUGGCGCUGCCGCAGCUGCUGCCGGCACCGGCGCUGGCCGAGUCGGCGGUGGCGGCGGCGGCGUACAGCCCGACGCGGUACUUCGUGGAGGAGGUGGUGAGCCGCUUCGACGACCGCGACCUCCACAAGACCUGGACAAAGGUGGUGGCGAUGCGGAACAGCCAGGAGCGCAACAACCGGCUGGAGAACCUCUGCUGGCGGAUCUGGCACGUCGCAAGGAAGAAGAAGCAGGUGGAGUGGGAGUUCUCGCGGCAGCUGGAGCGGUGGAGGCUGGAGCAGGAGCUGGGCAGCCGCGAGGCCGCCGAGGACCUCUCCGAGGGCGAGAAGGACAAGCCCGACGGCGCCGGCCCCGCACAGCCCGACCAGCACCAGCAGAGCCGGUUCGCGAGGAUCAACUCCGACGCCCGGAUCGUGUCCGACGAGGAGGAGGAGGAGGAGAGCAAAGACGGCAGGAACCUCUACAUCGUCCUCGUCAGCAUACACGGGCUCGUCCGUGGGGAGAACAUGGAGCUCGGCCGAGACUCUGACACUGGGGGCCAGGUGAAGUACGUCGUGGAGCUGGCCCGGGCGCUGGCGGCCACCGCCGGCGUGCACCGGGUGGACCUCCUGACGCGGCAGAUCUCCUGCCCGGACGUCGACUGGACCUACGGCGAGCCCGUCGAGAUGAUCACGCAGCCAUCCGACGCCGAUGCCGGAAGCGGCGGCGGCGGCGGCAGCGGGGCCUACAUCGUGCGGCUGCCGUGCGGGCCCCGGGACAAGUACCUCCCCAAGGAGUCGCUCUGGCCGCACAUCCCCGAGUUCGUGGACCGCGCGCUGGCGCACGUCACCAACGUCGCGCGCGCGCUCGGCGAGCAGCUCGGCGCGCCGGGCGCGGGAGACAGCGGCUCGGCGGCGACGCAGCCUGUGUGGCCGUACGUGAUCCACGGGCACUACGCGGACGCGGCGGAGGUGGCGACGCACCUGGCGAGCGCGCUCAACGUGCCGAUGGUGAUGACGGGCCACUCGCUGGGCCGGAACAAGCUGGAGCAGCUGCUCAAGCUGGGCCGCAUGCCGCGCGCCGAGAUCCAGGGCACCUACAAGAUCGCGCGCCGGAUCGAGGCCGAGGAGACCGGCCUCGACGCCGCCGAGAUGGUGGUCACCAGCACCAAGCAGGAGAUCGAGGAGCAGUGGGGGCUCUACCACGGCUUCGACCCCAAGGUGGAGCGGAAGCUCCGGGUGCGGCGCCGCCGAGGAGUCAGCUGCCUCGGCCGGUACAUGCCGCGCAUGGUGGUCAUCCCGCCCGGCAUGGACUUCAGCUACGUCGAUGCCCAGGACCUGGCCGAGGGCGAUGGCGACCUGCAGGCGCUCAUCAGCCGUGACAAGGCAAAGAAGCCACUGCCUCCCAUUUGGUCAGAGGUGCUGAGGUUCUUCACCAAUCCCCACAAGCCGAUGAUCCUGGCGCUGUCGCGGCCGGACCCAAAGAAGAACGUCACCACGCUGCUCAAGGCCUAUGGCGAGAGCCGCCACCUCCGCGAGCUCGCUAACCUGACACUGAUACUGGGGAACAGGGAUGACAUCGAGGAGAUGUCCGGCGGCGCGUCCACGGUGCUGACGGCCGUGCUCAAGCUCAUCGACCGGUACGAUCUGUACGGCCAGGUGGCCUACCCCAAGCACCACAGGCAGACGGACGUACCCCACAUAUACCGCCUUGCCGCCAAGAUGAAGGGAGUGUUUAUCAAUCCUGCUCUUGUAGAGCCAUUCGGCCUCACCCUGAUAGAGGCUGCUGCUUAUGGUCUGCCUGUGGUCGCCACAAAGAACGGCGGGCCGGUGGACAUCAUCAAGGCGCUGCACAACGGCCUGCUGGUGGACCCGCACGACGCACCGGCGAUCACCGACGCGCUGCUCAGCCUGCUGGCAGACAAGGCGCGGUGGCUCGAGUGCCGGCGCAACGGCCUCCGCAACAUCCACCGAUUCUCGUGGCCGCACCACUGCCGUCUCUACCUCUCCCACGUUGCCGCGAACUGCGACCACCCGGCUCCGCACCAGCUGCUCCGCGUCCCCGCGAGCCCGUCCUCCGCUGCCGCAGCCGACCCAAGCGCCGACGAGUCACUUUCUGAUUCACUCCGCGACCUGUCCCUCGGCAUCUCCGUCGACGCCUCACACGACCUCAAAGCUGGGGACUCCGCCGCAGCCAUCAUGGACGCCCUCCGCCGGCGCCGCUCCACUGACCGGCCGGCCAGCUCCAACAGGGCGAUUGGCUUCGCGCCAGGCAGGCGGCAGAGCCUGCUGGUCGUCGCCGUCGACUGCUACCUCGGCGACGGCCAGCCAGACGUCGAGCAGCUGAAGAAAACCAUCGACAUGGCGCUGUCGGCCGGCGCCGCCACUGGCGGGCGGGUCGGGUACGUGCUGUCGACUGGCAUGACCAUCCCUGAGGCCGUGGACGCACUCAGGGCUUGCGGCGUGGACCCGUCCGGCUUCGACGCGCUGAUCUGCAGCAGCGGCGCGGAGCUAUGCUACCCGUGGAAGGAUCUCGCCGCGGACGAGGAGUACUCGGGACAUGUGGCGUUCCGGUGGCCCGGCGAGCACGUGCGGGCGGCCGUGCCAAGGCUCGGGAAGGCUGACGGCGCGCAGGAGGUGGACCUCGCCGUCGACGAGGCCGCCUGCUCCGUGCACUGCCACGCCUACGCCGCGGCGGGCGCCUCCAAGGUGAAGAAGAUCGAUUCGAUCCGGCAGUCGCUGCGGAUGCGCGGGUUCCGGUGCAACCUCGUGUACACGCGCGCGAGCAGGCGCCUCAACGUGAUCCCGCUCUCCGCGUCGCGGCCGCGCACGCUCAGGUACCUGUCGAUACAAUGGGGCAUCGACCUGUCCAAGGUGGCCGUGCUCGUCGGCGACAAGGGCGACACCGACCGUGAGCGACUGCUCCCCGGCCUGCACAAAACGCUGGUCCUGCCGGGGCUCGUCGCACGCGGCAGCGAGGAGCUCCUCCGCGACGAGGACGGGUUCGUGACGGAGGACGUCGUCGCCAUGGACUCCCCCAACAUCGUCACCCUCGCCGAGGACCAGGCGCCCGCCGACAUCCUCAAGGCCAUCUGAGACCUGCUCUGCUCCAGGCUCCAGCUGCUGUCUUGCAGCUCUUGGCUUCACUCUGCUGGGGUUAUUUUUGACUGCAGCUAGCCCUGUUCGUGGCCAAGGAUCGCUGCAAACUUGCGUACCAGUUAUUUUUCUUCGUUUGGUUCCAUUUCAUCUAUGGUGGUUUUACUUUUCUUCCGGUCUUGCUUCUGCGUUCUGCCAUUCUAAAAGCAACAGCGACAACAGCAUGCACAGGGCAAAAGGCUUUCGUUCAGGCCAUGUUGUUAUGGCUGUCGCUGUUGAUUUUAGAUUGGCAUGAAAAAAAAGAUAGGAAGAUAAAAAUCAAAGGUAAUAAUGAUUGCUUGCUGUUGAUGUUGCACCAGCAAACAUGCCACUAAUAUUUUUUUUUUAUUGAAACACCAGUUACGCCUCUGGCAAUGAGGUAUUCAUGUAAAUAUUACAAAGAAACAUGGGAGAAAAACAUAAAGUUGCCGAAUGGAAA